CUAAGCAAAGUCUUUAACCUGAAGUUCUUGGGGAGACAGUAUUGAGCGUCACUCUACAGCCAUGAAAGGAAGCUCAGAGGAAAGCAUUGAAAGCAUCAGGCCUUCCAACCUGCAAGCUUUUGCUAACAUUUCCACCUUACAUGGCAUGAGUCACAUAUUUGCCUAUGGGCACAUGACAUUCCGUCGCUUUCUUUGGACUCUUUCCUUCCUGGGUUCACUAAGCUUAUUGUUGCUGGUCUGCAUGGAUCGAGUGAUGUAUUAUUUGGAGUACCCUCACGUCACCAAGCUGGACGAGGUGGCAGCCACGAACCUCACCUUCCCAUCCGUUACCUUCUGUAAUCUCAAUGAGUUCCGCUUCUCCAAAAUCACCAGAAAUGACCUCUAUCAUGUGGGGGAGCUGCUGGCUCUCCUCAAUAAUAACUACCAAAUAGCCAACCCACACUUGGCUGAGCCUGAAGUGCUGGCUGCCCUAAAGGAUAAGGCAAACUUCCAGAACUUCAAACCCAAACUGUUCAACAUGACUGAUUUCUAUAACCGCACAGGUCAUGACAUCAAUGACAUGCUACUGCAAUGCACAUUUCGAGGAGAGGAUUGCUACGCAGUGAACUUCACCACAAUUUACACACGCUAUGGAAAAUGCUACACAUUCAACUCGGGCAACGACGGCAACCCUUUGUUGACCACAUUAAAAGGUGGCACUGGGAACGGCUUGGAGAUCAUGCUGGAUAUUCAACAGGAUGAAUACUUGCCUGUUUGGGGAGAGACAGAUGAGACCUCCUACGAAGCAGGCAUCAAGGUUCAGAUCCACAGCCAGGACGAGCCGCCCUUCAUUGACCAACUGGGAUUUGGUGUGGCCCCUGGUUUUCAAACUUUUGUGUCAUGUCAGCAGCAACUGCUUCAGUACCUCCCUCCGCCUUGGGGAGAUUGCAAGUCUACGCCCAUAGACUCUGAAUACUUCUCUACAUACAGCAUCACCGCCUGCCGCAUUGACUGUGAAACCCGGUACCUAUUGGAGAACUGCAACUGCAGGAUGGUUCACAUGCCUGGAACCUCGACAGUUUGCACACCAGAGCAGUACAAAGACUGUGCUGACCCAGCUUUAGACUUUUUGGUAGAGAAAGACAACGAUUACUGUGUCUGUCAGACCCCCUGCAACAUGACUCGCUAUGGCAAGGAGCUGUCCAUGGUUAAGAUCCCCAGUAAGGCAUCUGCUAAAUAUCUGGCUAAGAAAUUCAACAAAACUGAGCAAUAUAUCGGAGAGAAUAUUCUGGUCCUGGACAUCUUCUUUGAAGCUCUGAAUUAUGAGAAAAUUGAGCAGAAGAAGGCCUAUGAAAUCGCAGGGCUCCUCGGUGACAUCGGAGGCCAGAUGGGGCUGUUUAUCGGAGCCAGUGUUUUAACAAUACUGGAGAUAUUUGACUAUCUAUACGAGGUGUUUAAGGAUAAGGUUUUGGGUUACUUCAUGCGCAAGAAACGGCCACAGCGUUGUCAAAGUGACAAUCUGGUGUUCAUCAGCACAAUACCCCAUGAUCGUUAUCGAUAGAGGUAUUCUGGCCCACUCCUGGUGAGCAAACAUCUCCAGCUGUCUCAGGUUUGAAGGGUGCCUUCUCCAGACUGCAUGUUUCAGCUCCUUCCACAGAUGUUCAAUAGGAUUUAGAUCAGGGCUCAUAGAGGGCCAUCAGAACAGUCUAGUGUUUUUUUAACCAUCCUUGGGUGCUUUUGGCUGUGUGUUUUGGGUCUUUAUCCUGUUGGAGGACCCAUGACCUGCGACUGAGACCAAGCUAUCUGACACUGGGCAGUACAUUUCGCUCCAAAAUGCCUUGAUAGUCUUGGGCUUUCAUUGUACCCUGCACGGAUUUGAGACACCCUGGGCCAGUAGUUACAGUAGUUACAGUGUUCUUUUCUUUGUAUGCUUCAUUUUUGCAUCUGUGUAGAGCUAUGGCUUUCCAAAAAGCUCCAGUUUUGUCUCAUCUGUCCAAAGAACAUUCUCUUUAUGGCAUGUAAAUAUGCAUUUUGGUAAGUUCCAAUCUUGCUUUUUUUUAUGAUUUGCUUUCAACAGUGGAGUCUUCUUCUGUUGUCUUCCUUUAAGUCCACUUUGGCUCUAACAGCAAUGGAUGGUGCAUCCUGACACUGAUGUACCUUGACCUUGGAGUUCAACUCUAAUCUAUUUGGAAGUUGUUCUGGGCUCUUUGGUUACCAUUUGUAUUAUCUGUCUCUUCAAUUUGUCUUCUUGUGGCCACAUCCAGGGUGGUUGGCUGCAGUCCAAUGGACCUUAAACUCCUGAAUAAUAUGUGUACCUGUAGUUACUGGGACAUCAAGCUGUUUGGAGAUGGUCUUAUAGCCUUUACCUUUAACAUGCUUGCAUGUAUGCAUAAUUGUAUUUCUAAUAUCCUGGGACAACUGCCUCCAUAGCUUUCUGUGCUCUAUGUUCAGUGUGGUACACACCAUGAUGCCAAACAGCACAGUGAAUACUUUUCACCCUUUAAAUAGGCAGACUGACUGAUUACAAGUUUAAAGACACCUAUGCUGCUGUUUAAAGGACACACCUUAGUUGAAUGUGUAGCUAUGGUCAAAAUUAUUUCAC